UGGGUGGAAUUAACAAUUUAAUGUGAACAUCAGUGACCUCUUGAGCCUGAAAGUCAGUAAGGAGCUGCACUGCAGUCAGUGCCCUUGUUUGUUCCAUGAGAACUGCAGGCAGCGCUUCCACAAUGCGAAUGGCUGCUGAGGCUGGAAAAUAAGGGAGAACUGGACCCGAGAAGCACGGGAGGGGAACAGGGUAAUGCUUUCCCUGGAUGCAGGAUUACUAAUAGGAUAUCAGCCUUUUAUUCUCGGGUUUAUGGUGUCUUUGGAAAACCUUUACAGCUUAACGGUGGUCCAAGUGCCCAUGGGCGUGCCUCUCUCCCAGGUCCUGCAGUGGUGGGAAUCAGCUAAUGAGCGGGAUCGGAGCUUCCGAGGGACGCGGGACGCGAAAGAGCCCGCUCCAACGGCAAACGAAGCAAUGCCGUGCUGUGACGGUAACCGUACGGACCGUGGUUUUGGGGAACCUGCCAGCGAUUGCGGAACGUCGCUCCUCUCCGAGCCUCAGCGCUCCUCGCUCCGCCGCCGCCGGGCCCGCAGCGGGGAGGGGCCGCGCCGCCCCCUGCCAGCGACGGGGCCUGGCUGCAGCGGCACCGCCCGCAGGAAGGCGCGGCGGGGUGGGGACGGGAGGAAGCAGCGGAGCCUCCCCCGGGCUGGGCUCCGCGGCCGGCCCAUGCCUCGGCGGGAGCAGUGAGCGGCGGGCUGAGGGGAGCCGCGGGGCGGCGGCGGGCGGCCAUGUCGGAGAGCGAGGGCGGCGCGGCAGAUGCAGUUUCCACAUCUGCUUACUCAUCACCAGCCAAAAGUUUGGGAGACCCUGGGAUCACUCCGCUGUCUCCGUCACAUAUCGUGAAGGACUCUGAUGCAGAGGAUGCUGUAGAACAGUUAUUUCUUGUUGUUGUGGCUAUUGAUUUUGGCACGACAUCCAGUGGCUACGCCUACAGCUUCACCAAGGAGCCGGAAUGUAUUCACGUAAUGAGACGAUGGGAAGGUGGAGAUCCAGGCGUAUCCAACCAGAAGACACCAACUACUAUCCUCUUAACACCUGAAAGAAAGUUUCAUAGCUUCGGGUAUGCAGCGAGAGAUUUCUACCAUGACUUGGAUCCCAGUGAAUCAAAGCACUGGUUGUAUUUUGAGAAGUUUAAGAUGAAGCUACAUACCACUAGUAAUCUUACCAUGGAGACGGACCUGACAGCUGCAAAUGGCAAAAAAGUCAAAGCACUUGAGAUAUUUGCUUACGCUCUGCAAUUUUUUAAGGAACAGGCAUUGAAGGAGCUCAGUGACCAAGCAGGCUCGGACUUUGAAAAUACUGAAGUACGAUGGGUUAUUACAGUGCCUGCUAUUUGGAAGCAGCCUGCAAAGCAGUUUAUGAGACAAGCUGCCUACAAGGCUGGAAUGGCAACCCCUGAAAACCCCGAGCAGCUGAUCAUCGCCCUGGAACCCGAGGCAGCUUCUAUCUACUGCCGCAAGCUCCGCCUUCACCAGAUGAUAGAGCUGAGCAGCAGAGCGCCUGUCAAUGGCUAUAGCCCCAGCGACACUGUCGGAACUGGAUUUACACAAGCUAAGGAACACGUCCGUCGCAAUCGACAGAGUCGCACGUUUUUGGUGGAAAACGUCAUAGGAGAAAUCUGGUCCGAGCUGGAAGAAGGUGACCGUUACAUCGUUGUUGACAGUGGAGGAGGCACAGUGGAUAUGACUGUCCAUCAGAUCAGGCUCCCUGAAGGACAUCUUAAGGAACUAUACAAGGCAACAGGUGGACCAUAUGGUUCUCUAGGUGUGGACUAUGAAUUUGAAAAGCUCCUGUGUAAAAUAUUUGGAGAAGACUUUAUUGAGCAAUUUAAAAUCAAGCGUCCUGCUGCCUGGGUAGAUCUGAUGAUAGCAUUUGAGUCCCGUAAACGAGCAGCAGCUCCAGACAGGACCAAUCCACUAAACAUCACUCUGCCUUUCUCCUUCAUUGAUUAUUAUAAGAAGUUUCGAGGCCACAGUGUAGAACAUGCCUUGAGGAAAAGCAAUGUGGAUUUUGUGAAGUGGUCUUCCCAAGGAAUGCUGAGGAUGAGCCCAGAUGCAAUGAAUGCACUCUUCAAACCUACAAUUGACCAGAUUAUUCAACACCUGAGUGAUGUAUUCGAUAAGCCAGAAGUGACCAAUGUCAAGUUUCUGUUCCUGGUGGGUGGCUUCGCUGAAUCCCCCUUACUCCAACAAGCUGUCCAGAGCGCUUUUGGUUCGAGAUGUCGAGUCAUCAUUCCUCAGGAUGUGGGGCUCACUAUCCUCAAAGGAGCUGUUCUUUUUGGUCUAGACCCUGCUGUCAUCAAAGUGCGACGUUCACCUCUCACCUAUGGUGUCGGCGUGCUGAAUCGGUUUGUGGAAGGGAAACAUCCACCAGAGAAGCUGCUAAUCAAAGAUGGCACGCGUUGGUGCACUGAUGUUUUUGACAAAUUUAUCUCCGCUGACCAAUCUGUAGCCCUUGGAGAAACUGUGACGCGCAGUUACACACCUGCCAAACCUUCUCAGUUAGUAAUAGUGAUCAAUAUCUAUAGCUCGGAACAAGAUAAUGUCAGCUUCAUCACUGAAUCUGGAGUGAAAAAGUGUGGCACCCUUCGCCUGGAUCUCACAGGAACUGAUGCUUCAGUGCCAAACAGACGGGAGAUCAAAACACUUAUGCAGUUUGGGGACACUGAGAUCAAAGCCAUGGCCAUUGAUGUUGCCACCUCUAAAAGUGUCAAAGUUGGUAUUGAUUUCUUAAACUACUAACGGAUCAUUUCCCCCACCAUGGCCUGUUUGUGAGACUCAUUGUCCACUAUUCCAUGUUUUGACUUUCAUAUGUCACGUAAUCACCUUGAAUUUCAGCAGGCUAUAUGAGAACAGCUAGUAAGGUGGGGUAUGUCAUGCUUGUGCCCUUGAAGGACCAAAGGCUGGAUUUAAAAAAAAACCUUAAAAAGUUUGAGGAGCAGAAGUUGCAGAGGUAGUAAAAGUUCUUUAGUUGAUCAAGCAUGUGUAAAGAUCUACCUUUAUUAAGUAUUAUUAUUGCAUCCUGAAGAUUGGUUAAGAAAUAUAAAAUCAUUAUCUCUUUGCCUUGUUCUUGUUCUUCUUCCUCUUCCUCCCAGGAAAAAUUUGCUAGCCCAUGUGGUUGUUGUAGGGGGGUAUCUGUAUGGGGUAUCUGUUUAAACAACGUCAUCUUCUGAGCGUGGAAACAAAUUAAUAGGUUACAGCUUUCUUUUGAUUUUUAGCCUGUACUUUCAAAAAUGUAAGUGCUGAAAAUCAGGGAUGGAAAGAAGUAGGAAGCGAGUGUCUUCACUUCUGAGAUCACACUGAAAAGAAAAUCCUUAGAAAUCCUUAGAAGUAGAUUUAGGAAACAUACAUAUUUUAAUAGCCUAAUGUUGGUUGCCUAAGCUUGAGGCCUUUCUUGUUAAAGCUCUUUAAACUAGCUGUUGGAUUAAAUAGCUAGCAUUACCCUCAUUAUACUUCACAAAUUUAGCAAGAGCAAAGUUAUUUCCCUUUUUAGGUCUUAUAAACUUCUAUUUAUUAGUUUCUGUCUGGAAUCACAGAACAGAUGAAGUGGUAAGGGAUCUCUGAAAACUAUCUGGUCCAACCUCUCUCAGCUCUAAGCUAGAACGGGAUGCUCUGUCCAUUCAGAUCGUGAAUAUCUCCAAAGGUGGAGAUGCCUACACUUCUUGGGGCAAUCUAUUCCGGUAUUUGACAACACUCACUGUAAAAAUAUAUAUAUAUUUAUGUUUUUAAAAGCAAUUUCUUGUAUUUUAAUUUGUGCCCAUUGCCUCUUAUUCGUUCACUGAAAACUACUGAGAAGUCUGGCUCCAUUUUCUUUACUGUCUUCUGUCAGACAUGUAUACGCAUUCCUGAUCACUCCACAAGCAUUCUCUUCUUGAGUCUGAAGUUCUAGAUCUCUCAGCCUCUCCUCUUACAACUGAUACUCUGAUCCCUUCGUCAUCUUUGUGACGCUUUGACAGACUCAGCCCAUAAGUCCAUAUCGCUCUUGUACCAAGAAGCUCAGGACUGGAUGCCAGAUGUGGUCUGACCAGGUCUGAAUAGAGGAGAAUAAUCACCUUCCUUGUCCUGCUGGCACUACUUUUCCUUGUGCAGUGCAACUGUUGGCAGUCUUUGCCACAAGGGUACAUUGCUGGCUCAUGAAGACUUUGUGUCUACCAAGACCCUGAGGUCUUUUUCUGCCAAGAUGCUUCCCAAGCAGUCAACCCCUAGCAUAUACUGGUGUGUGGACUUAUUCCUCCACAGGUUCAGAACUUUGCACUUCUCUCACGAUGGUAUUUUUUUCUUGUUAAUUCCCAUGCUAAUGUUUGGAAGUACAGUUAGAUGAUGGCUGUCCAGGAGGAUAAACUGAUAAUUUCAGUUUUAAAUCCACUCCUAGCUGGCGGACUGAUGCUAACCUGAUGAUAACCAUUGAAUGCUGAUGCUUUCAAAGCAUUUAUAUAGAGCUGCCUGAUUACCUGCUGGAAUUCAUUACAUUUUUGGAACUUGCAAUUUUAAUUGUUAAACUAAACCUUCCUUUCUAAUAAGUUGAGCAUGAUUUAUGUCAGUUACUGACACUUUUGGGAAAUGAAAGUUUUAUCAAUGUUUUCACUGAUUUACAUUCCAAUCCUGCACUUAAGCUUUCUGUGUUUAUCCUGGAGAUUUGCCACAGUAAAGAGCUGCAGAAUUGGUCUGCUGCAUUUGCCAUUGAGUUUUCUGUGUCUGUGGCAGGAUUCCCUAGUAGAAUAUGAAAUCUGUUCUGCAUUCAGCUUUAAAAAAAAAAAAAAAA